AUGAAUGUCGAAGCCAAUGAUGUUAUUACUCGUGUUCAGCUGAGAGGAUCAGUGCGGUGGGCGCACGCGGGUGAUUCUCACGCAUUCUUGGCUUCUCACUCUGUCUAUAGCACACUUACCUUCCCAUGCCACUCCAUGACCGCGGUGUGGAAAACAGGGCUUCCCGUCCGCUCAGCCGUACUUAAGCCACACGCCGGUGAGUUAGUAGUUGGGUGGGUGACCACCAGCGAAUCCUCACUGUUGUAUGUUUUUUUCUUUUUGCAAUCGCCAAUUGUUGGGGUAGGGCAGGUAGGACUUCCGAUAUCAUCACCGGAGGCGUAUGCUGAUGAUCUAAUAUCGUUAGCGCCGGUGUAA